AUGAUCAUUCUAUAUAGUAUCACCGGUAUCAUCACCGUCCUCUUCCUCGCCAUCAUCAUUACUGGUGCCAUCCGUGCUCAUCGUCAUCCCGAACGAUAUGGCCCCAGAUACGCCAUCGGACGAAGGAGUCGUCAAAGUCGGGCACGAGGUAUAGCCAGGGCCAUGUUGGAGACCAUACCCAUCGUUAAGUUUGGCGACGAACUUCAAGACAAACCCGAUCCGGCCAAAGAUGAUGUGGAGAUGGGAAUUCCGGAGUCUGGAGCAGAAACCCCUGCCGAUGGGCAAAACAAGGAGACAACCCCGGCUCGUGACACCGUCCAACCUGCGUCACCCGAUGAAGUUCCGUCGAAAGAUGAGAAACGAUCGAGUGCGACGCCGUCCACCCCUGACGCCGGUAACUUUUCAUGUCCAAUCUGUACGGAUGACUUUGUCAAGGGGCAGGAUUUGCGGGUUCUUCCCUGCAACCACAAGUUCCAUCCCGAGUGUAUCGAUCCAUGGUUGGUGAAUGUGUCUGGAACGUGUCCAUUGUGUCGCAUUGACCUCAACCCUCCCAAAGAAGAACAGGAGGAGGAGGAGGAGCAGCAGCAGCAGCAGCAGCAAGGCAACGACAGUCACCCUCCGACACGCGAUCCAACACUGGAACGCCAAAGCCGUCAACGACGUCUCACCGGCUACUUCUCAAGCACGUUGAACGCACGCCGCAUGCGGGAGGCAACGGUGGAGGAACGGCUGGCUGCCCUUCGGACCGUACGCGAAGAGGCCAGGACCAACGGGGAGACUGAAGAUGCCGACGAGCAACGACACCAGAAUCGACUGUCGACCCGACUCCGCGAGCGCUUCCGGAUAAGGACUCGUCCGCACGGUGACGCACAGCCUGAGCCUCUACAGUGA